UUUAGGUUGUUCUGCUGCCGGUCUAUCAGUGGAAACUCUGCAGUUUUGGUUCUGAGCAGCAGGAUGUCAGAGCUGUUUUCCGUGUCUCGUCUGUCCUUCCUGCUCAUCUGGCUCCUGGUCCUUUCUUCCUCAGCUUUCCCUCAGCCUCGUCUUCCUCUCAGAAAUCCUGAAGAUCCGCAGGAAACGAAGCGGGACGACUGGGAUGUCCUGUUCCCGUCCAUCUCCCUCCAUGACUGGAACAUCCAGGCUGGUCUGAUGGGGGACGCCUGGCUGUUCGCUCCGGAACAUCCAGAGGCCAGCGUCUGGCCGGCACAGUGGGCGUCACAAGGGGCCCGGAUGGUGAAGAGGAACAUGGUGGUGGCGGACGACGCCGCCUUCAGGGAGAAGAGCAAACUGCUCACCUCCAUGGAGAGACAGAAGUGGCUCAACUCCUACAUGCAGAAGCUGCUGGUGGUGAACUCCUGAUGUCACCUGGAGGAACACCUGGGCCACAGCUGGGGCCUCACCUGAAGCCACAGCUGGGGCCCACCUGAAGCCACAGCUGGGGCCUCACCUGAAGCCACAGCUGGGGCCCACCUGAAGUUACAGCUGGGGCCCACCUGAAGUUACAGCUGGGGCCUCACCUGAAGCCACAGCUGGGGCCCACCUGAAGUUACAGCUGGGGCCACAGCUGGAACCUCACCUGAAGCCACAGCUGGAACCUCACCUGAAGCCACAGCUGGGGCCGUUUGCUGCGUGUUGUAGAUGGUUCUUGUUGGUGUGGAGAUGACGUCAAUAAAGACUGCAAAUGUGAUGAAA